CAACCCGAGAACAUCCGGUACCUACAACGGCAUCUGUGGUCACGAAAAAUGUAAACAACAGAGACUUAACUGUCUCACCAAAUAUAACUUAGUAAUAUUUCUUUGUUUUUGUUUAUUUAAAACCCGCCCCUCCUCUUUUCACGUUGCAUAAUUUAGAAAAAAAGACCUUAAAUGCAGUUAGCAAGAAAAACGGAUGGGGCUUUUGGGAAUUUGUGCAUUUUGAUACAUGGAAACAAAAGGAAGAGUUAAACCAUCAUUUUUGGGGAAAUUAAAGGAGGAAAAGUGACAAACAUAGGGGAUGUAUUUUAUUUCUUCUAUUUUUCUUUUUUAACCUAUUUAAAUAGAUUUUUCUGCAUAAGAGAAUAUCAUUUUGAAUUUGAGUGGUAAUUACAACAAUUUUACUUUGUUACAUCAGAAAAUAAUAUCUCACUGUAAUACUUUCCUUUUUAAAUUCGCAAAUCCCAACUAACAUUAGUUAGUUCUCUGCCUAAACAAGAUUGUGAAUAAAGAACAUUUUAAAAGCGAGCUUAUCUGGAGGUGGAACCAAAGACAUGCGUCAUGUGAUUCCGCACGGACCUUUCAUUCUGCAGUACGGUUGGGAACAUGUGUAAACAAGAGGUCUAAAGAACAUUUUACACUGGACGGCCUCUGGUCUUGUUUCACCUCAAAUAAUCGGCGUAUUGACGAUUCGUAAUUGUAACAUUUUGUUGGAGUAUACAUAUUUUUAACAAAAAUGGCGGCAGAGACUCAUGGCGACAGUGACGAUGGCAUGGACGAGUUCAUGGACAAAUUCAAGACGCAGAGAUAUAAAAACGCCUUCAGUGAAAAAAACUGGGAGCAGGAGUUUAAUAAAAUCCCAAUGUUCAUGAAAACAGCUCCUGAAGAAAUAGACCCUAAGAAUUACCCUGAACUGGCUUGUCUCCAGUCAAUAAUCCACGAUGAUGACCGAUCUCCAGAGGAACAAGCAAAGAGUCUGAAAGAUGAAGGAAAUGCGUUUUUCAAGGAGAAGAACUACAAGAAGGCCAUUAUUUCUUACACUGGAGCUUUAAAGAAGAAAUGUGGGGACCAGGAACUCAAUGCUGUUCUCCUCACUAACCGGGCAGCUUCACACUUCCACCUGGGGAACAUGCGCUCUGCACUGAAUGAUGCUGCAGCUGCAAAAAAAAUCAAGCCGGGCCACCUUAAAGCCUUGAUCAGAGGUGCUCAGUGCUGCAUUGAGCUGCGCAACUUUUCAGAGGCUCUCCAGUGGUGUGACGAGGGGCUAAAGGAACAUACCACCGAUGAGAAGCUCAGAGAGCUGAGAGCUACAGCAGAUAAACACAAAAGAGCAGCGGAGCGGGACGCCAGGAAGGCUAAAGUUAAACAAAAGAAGUUGCAUGGUGAAAAAGAGGCUCUGCUGACAGCUAUACAGAACCGAGGCAUAAAGCUUCUCCAGUCUAAGAAGCCUCACCUGAAAGGUUCAGAAAGUGAGGAUGAAUCUUCAGCAGCCAUGGAGCAGCUGAGGUUGGACGGCCUCAGUUCUCAGGAAGUCACUGGGGCUCAGGUCUUCCAGGAUGAGAAGGGCUUGUUGCACUGGCCUGUUCUCUUCCUCUACCCUGAGCAUCAGCAGAGCGAUUUCAUCUCUGCUUUCUGUGAGAAUGACUGUUUCAGAGAUCAUUUGAAUGUCAUGUUUGGAGAGGAACUUCCACCCUGGGACACGGACAGAAAAUAUGCCCCCCACAAUCUCCAGCUGUACUUUGAAGAUUGUGAGAAGGGAGUUCUUUACCAAGUUGAUCCAGACAUGUCUCUGUUAAAAACUCUCCAGCAUAAAAGGUUUUUUGUCAAAGCAGGAACUCCCAGCUUCAUCGUGCUGGUGAAGGACUCUUCCUUCUUCAAGCAGUUUUUAUCAGGAAAAACGAUUAGGGAUCUGUAAAAAGCAAUAAGUACACAAGUUCUUAAACCAAAAAUACAUCAACUGUUAUCAAACACUGAAGUAUUUGUAUUACUUUUUUAAACCUCAAAGCUAAUGAUAUAGUUUGGUUGGUGUGCAUAAAAAAAUUGUUUCAUGUGAAAUCAAAGGUUAAUUGUUCAAAGUCAUUAAAAAACUUCCAUUAACUAAAAAUGUUAAA